GCCUUGGCCAGGGUGUUGUGUUUUUUCAAUCAACGGCACCCACUUCCCCCACUUUAAGGCCAGCCUAGUGGGCCACUUCUGAGACAGCCAGCAUGUUCAACGUGAGGACUAGCAUGAGUGGCAGAGAGUACAGCCCUGGGGUGCUUAUUGGCAACUGGAACGAAGAUGUGUGUCUGGAAGAGGAACUCCUGAAAGACUUCUUAUAUAAAAGAGAAAGAGGAGAGCUUCUAAUCCAGAGAUCAAAAAAACUUAAAGAGAACCUUUUAAAGAAGGAACAGCUCUCCAUUUCAAAAGAUGGAUUUAUUCACUUUGGAGAUACGGUUCUGCUGGUGAGCCUAGAAAACAGCAGAUCGCCGGCGGAGAAGGAACAUGGUGUGACCGGGAAUCUGUCCCUGGCUGUUAAUCCUAGUGACAUGCUUGUGCAUACAGCGACUGAACUAACAGCCCCCUGUGGAUUGAGCGCAGUUAAAAGUGUGGCCCCAAUUGGCCGGAAUGCAUUUCGGAUUAUAAGCACUGAAGGACAAUCAAUGGGAGAGACGGUUAGAUUUGGGCAGAAUUUUGGCCUUGGAACAACAGGAGGGUUUCCAGAUCGAAUGCUAUUUCUAGCAAGCGACCACAAAAGUUUUAUAAAUAUGGCUAAGAAAUCGUCUUGCCAGCCUGCAUUCUUGACGGAUGAACUUUCUUAUCUGGCUUCUUGGCAAGCUACAUUUCUGGACCCACAGUUUCGCAUGGAGUAUGAAGGGUUCCCAGUUCCUGCAAACACAAAGAUUCUCAUUAUUCACAGCCAUACAAAUCAGGGGUUGGCAGUUCCUAGGACCUUCUGGAUCAGGACAUACUUUGGAAAGGAGUAUGAAGUCAAUUGUCACACCUAUCUGGAUACCCACAGAGCUGAAGAAGACAAGAAUCACUGGGUCAUGGUUACUGGAAAUCCUAGCAACGAAUCAACUACAAUGUUCAAUAGACCUAAGCCUCCAUCAGAGGAGAGGAGAGCACAAAACAGUGAACUCAACACAGAAACAAACCCCUGUUAAAAUCCAUGCUUUAAAAAUAUAUAUCUAUAUAAAUGUUCUGUUUUGCUUGUGUUCAUGUGUGAGAGAGAUCUGAAGAUGAAAUUUGGCAGUUAGAGGGUGCUUCACUUUUUCUCCAUUCAAGCUAAACAAAUACACAAGGAUAUUUUAAAACAUCAAUGGCAAUUUUAUUAAUGUUUUAUAAUUGUACUAUAUAUAUAUAUAUUUUUCCACACUUGCUCAUAUUUUAAUUGUGA